AUGGUGGUAUUUUUGGGAUAUAAAUCUGAUAACACAUCCACAGUUAUCUAUCAUUACUUCAUGAUGCCAUUUACAUGUGAUAUGCUAGCCCACUCCAGACAUCUCAGGGCCUACCAAAUGAUGCAUCGGCGGACAGCGAUAGCCGUCCAAACUCUCCUGUGCCCUACAGAGAAAGACACAUCUGUAAGAAAAAAAAACAACAAAUCACUCAAUCACUUUCUCUGUGCUGUGCCGUUUUUUCACUGUCUUGCUCUCGCUCUCUUUUCACUGUCUUGCUCUCGCUCUCUUUUCACUGUCUUGCUCUCUCUCUCUCUUUUCACUGUCUUGCUCUCUCUCUCUCUUUUCACUGUCUUGCUCUCUCUCUCUCUUUUCACUGUCUUGCUCUCUCUCUCUCUUUUCACUGUCUUGCUCUCUCUCUCUCUUUUCACUGUCUUGCUCUCUCUCUCUUUUUUUCACUGUCUUGCUCUCUCUCUCUUUUUCACUGUCUUGCUCUCUCGCUCUCUUUUCACUGUCUUGCUCUCUCUCUCUCUUUUCACUGUCUUGCUCUCUCUUGCUCUCUUUUUCACUGUCUUGCUCUCGCUCUCUUUUCACUGUCUUUCUCUCGCUCUCUUUUCACUGUCUUGCUCUCGCUCUCUUUUCACUGUCUUGCUCUCGCUCUCUUUUCACUGUCUUGCUCUCGCUCUCUUUUCACUGUCUUGCUCUCGCUCUCUUUUCACUGUCUUGCUCUCGCUCUCUUUUCACUGUCUUGCUCUCGCUCUUUUUCACUGUCUUGCUCUCGCUCUCUUUUCACUGUCUUGCUCUCGCUCUCUUUUCACUGUCUUGCUCUCGCUCUCUUUUCACUGCACUCUGAUCUUUCUUCUUGUUUCGCUUCUCUCGUUCACUUUACUUUCGUUUCUCUCUCUCUCUCUGUACUUUCGUUUCUCUCUCUCUCUCUGUACUUUCGUUUCUCUCUCUCUCUCUGUAAUUUCUUUUUCUUUCUGUACUUUCUCUCUCUCUCUCUUUCUUUUUCUCUCUCUCUCUCUGUACUUUCGUUUCUCUCUCUCUCUCUGUACUUUCGUUUCUCUCUCUCUCUCUGUACUUUCGUUUCUCUCUCUCUGUACUUUCGCUUGUCUCUCUCUCUGUACUUUCGCUUGUCUCUCUCUCUCUCUACUUUCGCUUCUCUCUCUCUCUACUUUCGCUUGUCUCUCUCUCUGUACUUUCGCUUGUCUCUCUCUCUGUACUUUCGCUUGUCUCUCUCUCUGUACUUUCGCUUGUCUCUCUCUCUGUACUUUCGCUUGUCUCUCUCUCUGUACUUUUGCUUGUCUCUCUCUCUGUACUUUUGCUUGUCUCUCUCUCUACUUUACUUUUGCUUGUCUCUCUCUCUGUACUUUUGCUUGUCUCUCUCUGUACUUUUUGUCUUGUCUCUCUCUCUGUACUUUUGCUCUGUCUCUCUCUCUCUGUCUGUGCUUUCUCUCUCUCUCUCUCUCUCUCUCUCUUUUACUUGUCUCUCUCUCUCUCUCUGUACUUCUCUCUUGUCUCUCUCUCUCUCUCUCUUUUGCUUGUCUCUCUCUCUCUCUCUGUACUUUCCUUGUCUCUCUCUCUCUCUCUGUACUUUCCUUGUCUCUCUCUCUCUCUCUGUACUUGCUUGUCUCUCUCUCUCUCUGUACUUUCUCUCUCUCUCUGUACUUUCCUUGUCUCUCUCUCUCUCUGUACUUUUCCUUGUCUCUCUCUCUCUCUGUACUUUCCUUCUCUCUCUCUCUCUCUGUACUUUCGCUUGUCUCUCUCUCUCUCUGUACUUUCCUUGUCUCUCUCUCUAUACUUUCCUUGUCUCUCUCUCUCUGUACUUUCCUUGUCUCUCUCUCUCUCUCUCUGUCUUCCUUGUCUCUCUCUCUCUCUGUACUUUCCUUGUCUCUCUCUCUCUGUACUUUCGCUUGUCUCUCUCUCUCUGUACUUUCGCUUGUCUCUCUCUCUCUCUGUACUUUCGCUUGUCUCUCUCUCUCUCUGUACUUUCGCUUGUCUCUCUCUCUCUCUGUACUUUCGCUUGUCUCUCUCUCUCUCUCUGUACUUUCGCUUGUCUCUCUCUCUCUCUCUGUACUUUCGCUUGUCUCUCUCUCUCUCUGUACUUUCGCUUGUCUCUCUCUCUCUCUGUACUUUCGCUUGUCUCUCUCUAUUAUCUCACUUCCCCUCUCUCUGUAUUCUUUCUUCUCCUUUUCUUCUCUCUCUCUGCCUUCCAUCCAUCUCUCUCUAUCCUCUCUCACUUUUUCUCCUCUUGUCUUCAUCCUCCUCUUUAUAUUCAUAUUUUAUGUUUUUCUUUUAUUCUAA